AUGGCAACCGACUCAACGGCUCUACAACAAGCUACCGAUGGCCUCGAGAAGCUCACGCUCGACACCCGAAAGGAGCGACGCUUCGAUAGGGCUGCUGCUGAUGAGGCUUUGAAGAAAGUCCACGAGCAAAAGCUCAAAGAGCUGAAGAUGGUCGCGGAGAAAGUGAAUGGAACUAUCAAGUGGUACUCUGUCCUUAGUCACUACGGCUUUAUUGGAAUUGAUGGCCAAGAUGAGGACGUCUUUGUGCAUCAGUCUUCGAUCCUGGAAUCUCGAACUAACCGCCUUGCGUUGCGCACAUUGGACAAUGGAGAGAGGGUGCAAUUCGACAUUGUUGAGGGUGAAAAGGGACGAGAAGCUGUGAAUGUUACUGGACCAGAUGGAGCUCCUGUCAUUGGAUCACGCUUUCAAUGGAUGCAAAUUCCUUGGCUCCGAAGCGCGUUCUUCCAACGUCGUGAUUGGCUUCGUGGAAAGGAUCAAAAGGCACCAGGCAAUCGUUCCGACAAGCGCAAGACCAACAACAGUGUUCGCAGCAAGAAGGACAAUGAAGCCGGUGGUGACGACCAGACCGAGAAGAAACCAAGGCGCAGAAAUAACAGCACUCGAGGAAACAGGCGCAAUCAAAAGGAGAAGUCUGGAAACACCGACCCUGCUGUUGCUGGAGGAGAUGCGACCCAAGCCAACAAUAAGGAU